AUGUCAAAGAAGAAGGCUCAUGAUCAAGACAUGAGGGAUUUGAAAAAGAUUGGGAAAGCUGUUAUCCCAACAAAGCUUAAGGAUCCAGACUCAUUCAACCUACCCUGCUCCAUCAGCUACAUGCAUUUCAACAAGUGCCUUUGUGAUUUAGGGGCUUCAGUGAGUUUGAUGCCAUACUCAGUGGCUGAGAAGUUAGGUUAUGAAGAUUUCAAGGCAAGCAACUUCUAUAUCACUCUAGCAGAUGGGUCCAAGAGGGAUGUGGUUGGAGUGAUCGAGAGCUUCCCAGUCAAGAUAGGAGAAGCAAGGAUCCCAACUGAUUUUGCAAUCAUGAGCAUGGAACAUAAGCCUGAAGACCCUCUUAUCUUGGGAAGGCCAUUCUUAGCCACAGCUGGGGCUGUAAUUUAUGUGAAGAUGGGGACUAUCAAGCUCCACCUGACUGAAGACUUCACUAUGAAAUUUGACAUUAACAACCCUACUAAUCUGCCUUCCAUCAAUGAUCCACCUUACACUAUCAAAAGAAACGAGGAUCAUGAGGUCUCAAGUAAAGAAACACCUUCAAGUGCUAAGCUAUCCUUUCAAUAA